CAACGUUGAAGAUCUCGAUAUCACUAGUAUUACUAGUAGCGCACUCGCUUCUCUAUCCAUACAAUACACCUCGCUUGUAUCACAUACGCAACUUUGUCACAAUGCGCAGCCACCCCGGCGGAUAUAUAACCAUCUCUGAGCAUCAGCUUGCGCAUGAGUUAGCAGUCCAGCAAAGCCAUGAGGAUGAGCGUCGACGCAGCAGCCAGUCUGCUCGACGUGACCACUCUGAUCGGAGUACACAAACCCAAGAAAACCCGGAAUCGAGUGUGUCUGCACCGCGAAACCCUUCUCUUUCGGCCUCUUCGGAUGUGACUGCUGAAGUAGUCGGUUCUUCCACCCAGGUCGCAAAUGCCGCCAGCGGAAACGAAAAUGCCACUCCGUUGAUUCCAAUCACUCAGCCAAGGGACGAGAGUGCACAAACGCUAUUGGCACCUCCUGAAUCCCCUCAUCCAGAGCAACGGAGAGGGUUGCCGACCAUGAGUCAAGUCGCUGAGCGAGAGCAAUUGCAGAAUUUGUCAAAACGUAGGCGCAGUGCGGAAGCAGCACCGCAGUCUGCUUCCGGUGUGCUGCGUCGGCCGACUCGACGCUUAUGCCCGCACUGUGCACAGAAGGUUCCAGUCUAG